AUGGAUGUUCGCUUACUAUUUGCCAUUCUUAUUAUCUCAUUGGUUUCAUUUACCUAUGCAUCUGAUCCUUCCCCACUACAGGAUUUCUGUGUUGCUGUCAAGGAUGAUGAAGCAAAAGUUUUUGUGAAUGGUAAGAUUUGCAAGGAUCCAAACAUGGUUAGCGCCAAUGAUUUCUUCUUUCCGGGUCUGAAUAUGCCUGGGAAUACAUCAAAUCCCCUUGGAUCAAAAGUCACACCUGUGAAUGUCAACCAAUUACCGGGACUCAACACUCUUGGCAUCUCUUUAGCCCGUAUCGACUUUGCGCCCUAUGGCCUCAACCCACCACACACACACCCCAGGGGCACUGAGAACGACAUUCCUCUUGAUCUCUAG